AUGUUUACUAUCUCCAUAUCUAAUCACAGCAGUUCUGGAUUUGUUCUCACUGGUUUAACUGGCCUAGAAGUUGAUGAUCUCUGGGUCUCCAUCCCUCUCUCCAUCAUCUAUGCCAUGGUGUUCCUGGGAAACUGCAUGGUGCUCCAUGUGAUUCGAACUGAGCCGAGCCUGCACGAGCCCAUGUUCUACUUCCUGGCUAUGCUGGCCCUCACCGAUCUGUCCAUGGGGCUGUCCACCGUGCACACAGUGCUGGGUGUCCUGUGGAGGUUCAUUCAAGAGGUCAGUCUGGAUUCCUGCAUCGCUCAGUCCUACUUCAUCCAUAGUCUGUCCUUAAUGGAGUCCUCAGUCCUCCUAGCUAUGUCCUUUGACCGCUACAUAGCCAUUUGCAACCCUCUACGCUAUUCCUCCAUCCUAACUAAUGACAACAUAGUGAAAAUUGGCGUAAUGAUCUUAUGUAGGAGUUUCUUCCUCAUUCCUCCAGUCAUCAUCCGCCUGAAGUUUUUAAACUACUGCCGCCCUCAUGUCCUCUCUCACUCCUUCUGCCUCCACCAGGACUUAAUCCAAAUGGCCUGCUCAGACAUCCGCUUCAAUAACAUUUACGCUUUGGCUCUGGUGAUCAGCACUCUGUUGUUGGAUGCUGUGCUCAUCCUAAUCUCCUAUGUCAUGAUCCUGCACACAGUUUUAGCCAUUGCAUCCCGGGAGGAGAGAAUGAAAUCCUUGCAAACUUGUGUGUCUCACAUCUGUGCUGUUCUAGUUUUCUACAUCCCCAUCAUUGGUCUGACCAUGGUGCACCGCUUCGGAAAACACCUCUCCCCACUGGUUCAUGUUUUCAUGGGCAACAUCUACAUCCUUUUCCCACCCUUGAUGAACCCCAUCAUUUAUAGCAUCAAGACCCAACAGAUACGCAGGAGAAUCCAGAGAUUGUUCUAUCUGAAGGGAACCUAA